AUGUUUUACGCUUCGACCAGCUUUCUCAAACUUCAUCUACACAGGCUCAGUUUUCGUGUAAUUUCCAUUAUAGAUAGAGAUUCUUACCCUUUUUUCACGCGCUUUUUUUUUUUCGUUUUUAUCGCACCCAGGAAGACCAGAGCGCAGAGCGAUCUCCUCUCGACGUGUGAAAAUGCGUUUUUUUCGAAUUUGUUUUCCUAUACUUUAUCGUUGAAGAAUUUGGUAUAUCACUUGACUUCUUGUUUCGAUUAUCUGCAGCUACAAAAUUUUAACAAUAUGGGACUUUCGUUUCAAAUGCACAGGACCACGCCGGCCGUUGAUUUGAACAGAAACAGAUUUGCAUUUGAGAUUUGCCACUGCCAUAUUGAUCCUGAAUGUUGCUCAUUCAGUUGACACUUGAAAGGCAAGCUGAACAGAAUUUGAAUUGUUGUCGUGAGCUACAAUUUUACAACAUAGAAAUCGAACACAGUGAAAGGGGUG